AUGGAGGGACAAUGGGAGCAAGAACCGAACGAUGAUGUGAACACUGAGCUUGUCCUCGGCAUCGGAAGCCCUGGUGAGUACAGCCUGAUGUUGCAGGAUCUUAGAGUUGAUCCAGAUGGCAUGCUUGGACUUGUGAAGAACACCAACAUGGGCAAAAAUGGUGAUGGUAGCACAACAGCUAUUGAGCAAGACAAUAGCAAUGACACCACGAGGAGAGCAGACUGGAGUGGAAGGCGUCACAACCGAGACCAAGUGCAUCAGCUCGAAAUUGUGUUCCGGAAAAACCAACAUCCUUAUGAAAAAGAGCGUGCGGACCUUGCGAGGAGGCUUGGCAUAACUCAAAAGCAGGUCAAGUUCUGGUUCCAGAACCGACGAACCUCCCAAAAGAUUCAGGGACAGAGGAAGGAGACAAAUGAGCUUAGAGAAGAGAAUGAGUCGCUAAAAGCUGAACGCCUAGCCCUCAUGGCCGCAAUAGAGGAUAGUAGGUGCCUCACAUGCAGUAGGCGGAUGGUACAAGCUGGCGAAACCGCCCGGCAGCAGUUGCUCUUGGAGAACACGAGGCUUAGGGAAGAAAUCCAGAAAACAAACGCCUUCCUUCAAACAGUCUCCAUGGGGACGACGCCAAGACUAACGGCCACCAGGAUUCUGUUUAAGGCGUUUCAGGCGGCACACAUGCGUAGCUAA